GCACUAAAAUAUUUGUAACGCAAUUUUUGUAAACAUUUUUUUAAAAAUAUACUUUAUUAAUCCAGUGUCAAACCGCAGCAGUGCGGUUUGACACUGUUUCCGUUUUUAAAACAAUUAUUUCUCCGCGAAAUCAGUCGGGUUUCCUCCUCCGCUCCUUCCUCCCGUCUCCCCCUCUGAUACACAGAGGAACGAAGGUGCGACGGGUUCGGUGACGCGGCGCGGAAAGAACUCGUCACACGAAACCUUCAACGUGAUUGGUCAAUCCGUUUGUCUGUCAACAUUUAGCGAAAAAACAGCCAAUGAACACUCAGUAAAUCACAAGGACCUCCCACCAAACAUGUAAGGCUCAUUAGCAGCCUGUCAGUCAGAGAAGCAGAGAACACGGCGCGAGGACAAUGUGCCUCAAUAUAUAGAGCUGAGAUUGUUCUGGAAUGUUUGAUGUAUAACACAUGGGGAUGUGUAAUAUGCAAAAGUCUUGAAAAGGUGAAUUUACAUUUUUUUGUAAAAUGUAUAAAAUGCCCCCAGCCUCCAGAGGGUUAACGUGACAUAUGUGAAUGUCAGUCAGUUACCAAGGCCACUGGUUCUGCUGCUGUUCAGUGUUAAAGAUGACAGGACCAAUGGGGUCUCAAUAUACUUCUUUUUUUUUACUAAUCUGGAUGUUUCACUGAAGAAACAAUUUAUCAUCCACGAUAUUAAAUACCUCGCUGGCACUGUAUAUGUAGGAGCCUCUUUGAAAACACAGCUCUGUGUGAAGUUUGGUCUUUAAAAAAUAAUACAAAGGGAUUACUCGUUCAUUUAGAAGAUUUAGUCUUUAGAAGAAGAAAAACCUUUUAAUCGCGAUUAAUCGCGAUUAAUGAUUUUCAAAAUGUGCGAUUAAUUAGUUAAUUUAUUUUAAUCGAUUGACAGCCCUAGUAUAUACGCCUUACAUUGAAGGAGCCAAUGCGGCUUUUUAUCCAACAGGUGGGGCUCAGCUUGAUGCUUCCAGCCAGCAGACCAUGACGGACAUGGACCACACUAAAUAUACAAUUAGGGUUCUAUGCAAGCUAUCGUGCAUGUGUAUUUACAUGACUCUGUGUAACCACGUUAUCGGGGGGCGCCGCUUCCUCGUCGGCGUCGCCUUCGGCCUUGUCCUCCUCCAGCUCGGCAUGGUCCUCCUCUGCGUCACAGAGAAACAACAGAGACAGAGCAGACCAGAGAGAACACAGCAUGGAGCCCACGCGUUUCAUUACAACUGCACCAUGGGUAACACAGAGAGCGCGAUGGUGCAGAAGCGGCUGGAACGUUUCCGUCCCGAGGAGCGGCCUGUGGUCGAGGGGGUCUUCGACAGGCUACUGGUCGGCGCCGGGGCCCCUUCAGGACCCCCCGGGACAACCCUAACCCUUGAGAUGCUGCAGGCCUCGAUGGGGGGCCUGGCCCCGGACUCCAUGGUGAGGAGGGUCCACCGCUGCAUGGUCGGCAUCGACCCCGGACCGGCAGCUCCUGAGAAAAGCGGCGCCUCCGAGGCCUCUCGAGUCGGUCGAGAGCAACUGGUCAUUUUCCUCGCGGACUCCCUGAGGGGCAUCGUGGUGGAGCGGGCCCCCCUCGUCAUGGCCAUGGCCCGGGGGGGAGGCGAGGUGGCUGUGACCAGUGAGCAGCUGGCUGAGGACCUGAUUUCUGCUGUAGUUCACAUUCUGGUCCACAGGGGGCGCCUGCAGGCCUGGCAGCCAGAGAGGAUGGGCGACAGCUGCCUGGCCGUCAAACUGCUGGCUCAGCAGAUGUGUUCUGAGCUCCAGCCCUCAGAUGAAGGGAGCUACGAUGUUUCCUAUGUGGAGGACUGGAUCUCCUGGGUGUCCCCGGUGUGGUUGUACCUGGAGAUGCUGGUGGCCGAGGGCCUGGACGUGGCCCUGAUUGCCGCCCCCCCCCUGCUGCCCCCCUGCAGGGAGGAGACGCCCUGGAGGGACGUGAGGAGUCUGCUGGACAUCCCCACGCUCAUGUUCCUCACAGCGCAGGGCAAGACACCAACUGCCGUCCAUCGAAUGCGCUUUUGCAGGGACUACACAGGACUGUGGGCCGUCUCCCCAGCUGCUGUACGUCGUUACCAUGUUGUUGAUGAGCUGAAGACCAUGACUGAAGCACAGCAUCACUGCAGAGAGAACCACAUGGACCUGGCCACCAUAAGAGACCAGGAGGACCUGGAGACCCUGAAGACCCUGAAGAGACCGAUCCACUCACGAGCCUGGAUCGGACUGUUCUAUGACAUGGACAACUUGUUCUGGUCACUGUCAAACACAAGUUUCUACAAACCGGGGGAGAUGGAGUUCAGACGGUGGAAGACUGGAGAACCAAACAACAACAACAAUGAUGAACACUGCGUAAUGAUGAAUAAAGAUGGGCGAUGGAUUGACUUUCCUUGUGGGUGGUUCUUAAAGUCAAUCUGCUUCGAUGUCAGAGGGCCAAACACAUUAGUCCUCAUUACCACCACCAUGACAUGGACUGAGGCCCAGAACUACUGCAGAGAACACCACACAGACCUGGCCAGUGUGAGGAACAUGGAGGAGAACCAGAUGGUACACAAUCUGGUUCCCGAUAGAUCGGCCGUCUGGAUCGGCCUUUUCAGAGUUCCGUGGAAGUGGUCUGAUGGAAGUGAGUCCUCAUUUAGGAACUGGAAUCCUCUGGUGCCUCUUGCACUUGGUGGCUCCUCUAAGAAGUGUGUGGCAGCAGACUUCAGUUCCGCUGGACAAUGGGAGACCCUGGACUGUAACGUCAAGUCAGCGUUUAUCUGCUACCGUGAUGUUGUUCCUGUUUCAAAGCGAGUGGUGAAAGUGAGGCUGGAGAAAAGCAGCUCCUCUCUGGUCUGGAUCUGAAUGACCCUGUGGUGAUGGAGAACCUCUUGAAGAAGAUCAAACAGAGGAUGAAGGACCAGGGGCUGAACGACGACAUCAAACUGAGCUGGAAGAAGCAGUCGGAUGGAAAAGUCUUCCACAAGGAAGAGAAGAAGACCAAGAAGAGAAGAGAUGAGCUGUAAUGUUCCUUCAAUCCCCUCUGGUCAGAGGAUUCCUUUCUCUUCCUCUUCCUCGUUUUCUUCUUCCUCUCAAUCAAUGGUAGAAAGAACCAAAGUACCCAAUAACAGACCCUUUGCUGUGAAGUACCCAGUUUCCAUUUUAUAGUACUUUAGACUUUUACUCCUCUACAUCGAUCUGUCAGCUUCAGUUUCAACACUCUCAGAAAUAAGGGUUCUAAAUAGGUUCCUCCUCAAAGGCUGAGGUUCCACCCAGAACCAGAGUGGAUAGUACUAUCUUACCCUAGUAGAGAGUGCAUAGUACCAUAUUACCUUACAUGACAACAUAAAGUACCAUAUUAUUCCACCAGAGAGCUCAUAUUACCCCACUAGAGAGCUCAAAGUACCCCAAUACCCAGGCACGUGCACAGAUAGAGCCCUAGUGGUGCUCAAGCACCAGCCCCUUUGCCCUGGAUGAGUAAAGUGCCCUUUUUGCUGGAGACACUUUUUUUUAAUUCAUUACAUUACAUUACAUGUCAUUUAGCAGACGCUUUUAUCCAAAGCGACUUACAAUAAGUGCAUUCAACCUAGAGUACAAACCAAGAACACAGGAAGCAACACUUCCUCAACUCAGUCAAACCACAAAAGCACCACAAUAAGUGCCAUCCCAGUGCCACUGAAGUGCAAAUCUGUGUUUUAAUCCAGAUAUAGUCGGAAAAGAUGUGUUUUCAGUCUCAGGCGGAAGAUGUAGAGACUCUCUGCUGUCCUGAUGUCAGUGGGGAGCUCGUUCCACCACUGAGGAGCCAGGACAGCAACAGUCUGGAUUUCGAGUGAUGAGCUCGAGGUGCAGGAGGCACAAGACGAUUGGCUGUUGCCGAGCGGAGCGAACGUGCCGGGGUGUACGGUGUGACCAUAUCCCGGAUGUAGACGGGGCCUGAUCCGUUUAGAGCACGGUACACCAGAACCAGUGUUUAGAAGCGGAUGCGGGCAGCCACCGGUAACCAGUGGAGAGAGCGGAGGAGCGGAGUGGUGUGGGUGAAUUCCGGGAGACUGAAGACCAGUCGAGCUGCUGCAUUCUGGACAAGCUGCAGAUGUCGGAUGGCCUUAGUGGGUAGACCAGCCAGGAGGGAGUUGCAGUAGUCGAGGCGCGAAAUGACCAGAGCCUGGAUCAGAACCUGUGCCGCCUUCUGAGUAAGAAGAGGCCGUAUUCUCCUGAUGUUGUGCAGCAUGUACCUACUUAUUCAUCCGUAUUUAAGAAUAAAAGUUAUUCUCUCUGUCAUCAACUCCCCCCAAAUGCGUUUUAAUAUCCGACGGGGCAUUUAUUUGAGUUCUUGUGAGAAUUUCGCCCCGACAUGCUCCUCGACGCUCACGAGCCCCCCCUCCUCUCCCUCCCCCCGCCGCGCCGCUCCCUCCUCCUCCUCCACUUCCUCCUCCGCGCAGCGCUCCUCACGCCACCGAACGGGUGCACCUCCUUCUCCUCUGACGCGCAGCAUGAGACACACAGGUCAUGACGGUGUUUGUCCCCUGACGUUGUUUUGUGAUAAAUCAACCACAACAUGAGCGCUGCUGAAAACAUGACGUCACAACUGGUCCGACGUUUCCUUAAAAAAGAAACAAACAAAAACUCUGUGAUUUCAAAGCCUCGUCCAGCUGUUUACUGACAUUAGUUAUGUUUAGAGAAGAGGGAG